AUGGCCCAGACGAACGUAUCGAGUUGCGUGCUCUCAAUCAUCGCCUCCCUUACCAGUGGUCUGGACGUGUUCAGGAAGUUUCGGGAGUCGCAGAGCAGGAAGCAGAGGAGAAGUAGGAAGAAGAAUAAUCAUAAUGAGACAGGGAACGAAGAUGAGAACAGACUGGCCCAAAGCUUGAGGUUGGGACCAGAGGAGAUUGGUAGGGAGUAUCAAAGAAGUGUAUACGCUGCUGGAGAGCACUUUGCACAAGGUGAUGGCAUUGCACAAACGUCGCUUGCGGAGAUCUUGCUGAAGCUCAACACCGGACUUGUUACAAUCAUCAAUACCUUCCUCACCAGAGAUAAACAUGACGCCAAGCUCGACUAUCAAUCGCUGACGAACCUGUCCGAACGAUCGCGAGACGAUACCUGCAGAACGUUGCGACAGCUGUUUCAUCGAAUGACACAAAGCCGUGUGCCUUCGAGGCUUGACGGACCACGUCAAAAGCAGGAUCGGCCCAGUAACGAGAGUGCCAUCUACAGCAGGAGCAGGAAGGCGGUGCCCAAUGCUCGCGCGAGUUGUUAUCGCAGACUCAAAAGACCGUCACAAGUCGCCAUGGUCAGGCCGGGCGACAAGAGGAAGAAGUCAAGCUCAAGCACAAGCACGUCGAAGAUGCAGUCGAGCGUGUCUCUCGCAUUGCCUGAAUCGUCAACUCGAGAGACAGCAUCAAGAAUGAGUGGAGGCGGGAAUCCUCCUCAGACACACAGAAAGCAGCCUGCGAUGGACAUCUGUCAGCGUCCGAUCCAUCACCCAGAUGCACUCCGCAGCAGUCGCUCGACUCCAGUCCUGGAUAUAGCGGUGACCGACCACGAGCAAUUACCUGCGUAUGUCGCACCUCUUCCACCAAUGCCGCGAAGAUUGCAGAAGUCGACUCCGACAUACUACUCCAUCGAUACCACAUGCACCAAGCUCGGCGAAAUCCCAAUGCACAAGUGGGCAGAACCGUACGAUUUCGAUGCCAUGUUGCGACUCAACAAGGAAGCCGAGGAAAAUGGCUGGCCACUCAACAACCCCAAAUUCGCACCGGAGCCGAAGAAGAGAGGCGGCCUGUUUCGAUUGUUUCGCAGAAGCAAAGAGGAGGUGUGA